CGGGCUGCUGCUGCUGCUGCUGUGUGUGUGCUGAUACUUUGUAGCACUCUGGCAAUCUCAGUGCACGUUCUAUGAGUGUUGGGGGAGGGAGCAUCGGGCUGCUGGAGCCGCAUAACGGGGAUAUUGAAUGCAAUCACACGGGAUAUACAGCAGGGAGCUGCGAUCACCUGUGGCGGAUAAGGAGAUUCAACAGUGUUUUCAAGUGAACUGAAGAGCCCAUCCCUGUGAAUAACAAGAAAGAAAAUAAAAAUGUUACCAUGAGCCAAUUUUCAUUGUACGCUCCAAGCUUUUAAAUGUAAGAUCUUCAAUCAGUCCAGCAUCAUACAAACAGAAUCUGAGAACUCAGCAUCAUUGUUGUUCUUGGUCAUCCAACAAAAAUCAGUCCAAUGUACAAAACUAUGGGAUAUCGCAAACAUCCCCAAGAUAAUUCAGAAGCCUCUGGUUUGGACAUCAGUAGCAAGUUGGAGCGCAUUUAAAGAAUCCCCUUCUGGAAGGAUUGCAGCCAUCCUCACUAACCUCUAAUGGUUAGCCUACAUACACCAAGAUCAGCAUAAAGCUGCUAUUCCAUGCUCCCACACACAGAGACCUGAUUUUGUGUACUUACAAGGUGUGUGAUGUCAUCCCGGUGGGCGGAGCCUUGGAACUUGCUUGGAACACUGAAGACUCAUGUUUCAGUAUGAAUGUAUGACCGAGGGAUCUGCAGCACAGGACAGAUGAGGGGAGAGCUAUUUCAUUGACUACAAAGUGUCUGGAAUACAAAACCUUAAGAAGCUGGACUUCUGUUUUUUUCCACCUCACAGGAUUAUAUAUAUAUAUAUAUAUAUAUAUAUAUAUUCCCCUCUCCCCUUUUUUUCUAUUUCUCCAUCAACGUGAUCAUAUACAAUUGUGAUUUAGCACUGGUAGAAGGCUUUUGGUGGGGUCCACCAUGUGUCAUGUCAUUGUAACAUGUCGCUCUAUGCUAUGGACCAUCCUCACUAUUGUAGUUGCCUUUGGAGAACUCAUAGCUUUCAUGAGCGAGGACUGGCUGAUUGGCAGAGCUAAACACACGGACAUUGAGAAUGUGACUGGCGGGCAGCUAGAGGCUUAUCGUCCCACACUGGGCAUCUAUGGACGUUGCAUUAAAGUGCCUCAAGUACAGUACUUCCGGAGGGAUCCCUUCUGUGGCCCCUACGCAGAGCAUUUUAAUGAGAUAGCAAGUGGCUUCUGGCAGGCUACCGCUAUCUUCCUAGCAGUAGGGAUUUCCAUCCUCUGUAUUGUAGCUUUCGUAUCCGUCUUUACCAUGUGCGUGCAAAGUGUGAUGAAGAAAAGCAUAUUCAAUGUGUGUGGGCUGCUACAAGGAAUUGCAGGUCUUUUUCUUAUACUCGGCUUAAUUCUUUACCCUGCUGGAUGGGGAUCCCAGAAGGUCCUGACAUACUGUGGACAUUAUGCCUCUGCGUACAAGCUUGGAGAGUGUUCCCUGGGUUGGGCUUUCUAUACAGCCAUCGGAGGCACCGUCCUCACCUUCAUCUGUGCCGUCUUCUCCGCACAGGCCGAGAUCGCCACCUCUAGUGACAAAGUGCAGGAGGAAAUAGAAGAGGGGAAGAACCUCAUAUGUUUGCUUUAACCAGCAAGGAUGGAUUGUCCCUUUAAACUUUUUAGACUUUUUAGAAAAAGGGAUUGACCUGUUUACACAGCCCAAAGCUUGCACGGAUUAAUAUCUCUGCCAUACCGCCUCUCCGGCAUCUUAUUGCCUUUGGUGGAAAGGUUGCUAGUGAUGCAGAAACGUGGAACCUAAAGACGUGAUUGUAGUGCACAGCACAAGGAAAAUGAAGUGCAAACCUAUAGACCGGCAUAUAAUAUUUGCCCAAGGUUUCUGGUCCUACACCUUCUGAAAAGUCACUUUAAAACUUAUUUUUUUUUCUAUAUUUUUAUCCCCCUCCUGCAUAUCAUUAAGCCAACAAUGUGUUCUCCAUUUGUGUGUUUGUAUUGAUUCACAGACUUCUUUCUUGGAGAUUUUUCAGAUUUAUUUUGUCCUUUUGAAGCCACUGCUCGCAGACAGAUCUAGAACUUCUCUAGACAGAGGUCUGCUAACUGGAAUUUCUCUGCCGGUGUUUUGCCGUGGUUCUUUAUGUGGUGCAUAUGAAUGUGUAGAUGCGUAUUGAAAUAAUAAUAUUACUACGUAUGGAGAGAAACCACUGCAUUUACAAUAAGAAGUAUUUGGAUGCAACCAUUUGAAGGUACCUUUCUAAAGGCGUCUAAGCAUUGGUUAGAUUUGUAGACUCCUCUAUUAGUGAUGAAUACGCACUGAAUAUGCAUUGAUAAUGUCAAAAAGGGGUGCCAUAUAUUUCCUUGUCAGGUUAUGCAAAACUAGGGAUGCACAGAGGGAAUUUGGCUUUUAAUGUGCACCAACUGUCUACUUACAGGGGUGUCUGAUAUCUUGUAGCCUAAACCAAGCAUGCAGCUACCAUUUACAUAGGAACUGGUGACCAUACAGAAGCAAGAGGGAUACAAUUAGUUAAUAGGCUCCAUUUUUGUAAAUAUUGGUUCAAACCCAUAAAAUACUGCCGUCAACAAUGAAGAUAGCAUAGACUACACUCCAUGCUUUUUUCAACCUAGUGCGGCUCAGACUUGCAAACAAAAGUAAAUCUGAUUGGUUGCUUCUGUACUGUCGGUGCCAUGUAAUACCCCUUUUCCACUAUCUUUUUUAAACACGGGUAAAUGUGCGGGGGUGCGCAUUUACCCGUGUUUUUCCCUAGUGGAAACGGGUCCCCCGGCAAAUUCCCGACUCAAAUGAUCCGGGAAUCCUACCCUGGUAGCUAGCCGGGUUGAACACAUGUUCAACCCGGCUAGCUGUCUAGCGUUCACAGUGCAUAGGUAGGGCGGCGCUGGGAGAUCAUGUGAUCUCCCAGAUCCGCCCCUGCCGCGUCACUAGCACGUCACCAACCCGGCAAUUGCCGGGUUGGUGAGAGCUGUCUGCAGGGGGCUGUAACACGGGUCGCAGCCGUGUCAGGCGACACGGCUGCGACUCGUGCUACGCUAGUGGAAAAGUCUGGACACUCACUGGUGACAUAUAGUCCUCCUAAUUGUGCUGUGGUAGUAUAGGGAAGAGUUAAGCCAAAACAUGUAUAGACUUGAACCUAGUAAAACAUAUACACACAUCAGCUGGGAUCGGUAUGAAAUACCUCCAAUCAAAAUCCCGACGUUCAAAAUCCCGACACCAAUUGACCGAUGGUCAAAAUCCCGACAAGGUCAAAAUACCGACAUGGACAAAAUACCGACAUUUAAAAUACCGACAAGGUCAAAAUACCGACAUGUAAAAUGCCGACAGGUCAAAAUGCCGACACACGUUUUCUUGUUGUUUUUUGUGUGUAUGUCGACAUAAGUCAACAUGGACACCAUAUAAAGUGUACCGCGUCCCCUCGCAUGACUCGCUGCGCUUGCCAUGCUUCGGGCACGGUGCCUCGCUACGCUCAGCACACUACUAUAUUCCCCCUCCAGGUCCACUGGGAUGGUAAAGUAUGAACAAGUCGGUUUCAAUGAAAAAAAUCAUGAAAAACUCAUGUCGGUAUUUUGACCUGUCGGCAUUUUACAUGUCGGUAUUUUGACCUUGUCGGUAUUUUAAAUGUCGGUAUUUUGUCCAUGUCGUGAUUUUGACCAUCGGUCAAUUGGUGUCGGGAUUUUGAACGUCGGGAUUUUGAUUGGAGGUAAACUGACUGCAUCCCCAUCAGCUAUGGAGACUGUGCAGCAUUGAAGAGUUAUCUGUUAACUGUAUAACAUUCUGACAUUCAGUUGCAGAGGUUUUUCAAAUCACUAGUAAUGUUCAUUUUUGGAAUUCUGAAAAAUGCAACUACAGCAUUGGUGCUUAAUAUUCCCCAUUCAGAAUUCUUUGGAUUCAUAGUACGGUUGAAAGUGUACAUCUACAAAGCUAUAGAGAAUAUGUGUAUUUGUAUUGUACCCUGCUCUCUCUGAUGGUCAGCUGUCUGACACCUGAGUUCCCCACUGAAUAUACUGUCCCAGAAUGUAAAGCUCUUUGCAGCAGAGUAUUUGUAAACGUCCCUAUAUAUGUUUGUGAUUGCAGAGCAUUUGAGGUUCACAGUACUGUUUGGACAUAUUCUAUGGGGAUAUUCCUGCACUAAGCAUUCAUGAUCUGACUAUCUGUACAAGAAUAAGUAUUUUAGAAUAAUAAGUGCCAAUAUUACAUAACCCCUCAGCAGUGCCAAGCAAAUGCUACAGAUCAGUGUCUAACCACUACUACAGAUCCAUGUAUGAGGAGCGUCAUUGUGUACUGAGUGUUCAUCCCCUAUUCACAAAGCAUUACACUUUACACAAUACGGCUAAAACUUGAAGGGAGAUAUGUAUGAAGAAAGUGGAGACAUCAACCAUUGCAAACAAUAAUUUUAUAGACAAUUAGUGUAGGCAAUCUGUGGCACUACACAUCCCAACAUGACGUGUCAUAGAUUUGCUCUUAGGGCAUGCUAAAACUGUGGCAUGGCAUUCUGUGAUUUGUAGUUCCACAGCAACUAGAGUUCCACAAGGUUGCACACCCCUAGUGUAGACUGUGCUUGGUAAAUGAUAGCUCGAAGGUAAUUGCUUGUUUUGGGCUAGCUUGUCCACUUUAUCUUUCUCGAAGGUAAUUGGUUGUUAUGGGCAGCUUGUCCACUAUAUCUCUCUCUCAGGUUUGAUACAUCUCUCCUUAAGGGGGUGUGGGGUAACUCGUGCCUCACUGUUUGUCCCAUAGCCUGUUGUAGGAGACACUACAUGCGUCACUUAUCACAAGUGUGCGUAUGUAAGAGAACCCCAUCCGCUCAUUCAGUCUGACUGAUUCCUCGUUUAUCCCAUCACUCUACCACUGGGCCACAGCCUACAUGAAGUUCUCUACGUUGUAUUUAUUGAAGACCCUUUUCUGUUCAGAGCCUCAGGUUGCUGGUAAACUGCUGAAGGAGGAGUAACCCAGAACAUGUGGCAAUUUGUAAUGAAAAUAAUGGUGGGAAUAAAAGAAUUUGUAGGCUCUCCGUUUUGGAGUACCUGACCACUACCGCACCAUGGGCGGGAUGUACUAAGCGGAAAAUGGGGUGGGUAGGGGGGAGAGCCCACCGCCGCAUUGGGGCUAAUAGGAUAGCUUUGAGCGAUAUAAUUACUACUCCGGGCAACUGGAUACUCCCCACCUCACCCACCCCUUAGUGUCUCCCAAUGCAUUUAGGAGCCACUAUAUAGGUAUUUCAUUAUUGGUGCAAACCAAAGAGCCAUUUGUACUACAUAAAGGAGGAAAUCCCAUCCCCAUCGCUGCUUUCUACAGGUAACAUGCAUACGAUCCGGCCCCUCCGUUAUAUGCUAGAAACGGACAUGCUUUAAUACAUUUCCUUUUUGUCUUAUAUGCUUGAAAAAUCACAUUAAGACCAAAUUGCAUCUCCUUGAAGUGUCCUGUUUUUACAGUAUGAUGUAAAUGGAUCCUUGUUCUUAGUGUGGAACAAUUAUAAAAUGUCUGUGGUCCGCAAAAACUGUGUACACAAGCCAUGUAUUGUCUCGUGCCAUCAUUUUUUUUCUCUUCAAAUUCAGCUGUCGCAUAUUUCAAAGAGAAAAACAAAUGAAAUAUGUCUGGGUCUGUGUAAAACUAUGUGCAAUAACAUAUGAAACUUAGUAUUAUGAAGUAAUGUGCUUUAUAAUGUACCGGUUGCCUAGAAAAAGUGAAGGCAGCCAUUUUGUAUGGGCUGAACCAAUAUUGAUUUAAUCAAUUCAGUAUGGACUAGUGACCUCCACAGAGGCACAAGGUACCAGCUCCUGGUAAAUUGUCUGCAUUAUCAGGAAUAUCUGCUCACAUUGCAAAAUGGCUGCUCCCACGUUAUGGGAGUGAUGAGGUAGACAAUUGUGUUUUUUUUUUUUAUAUUAACAUUCUCAAGCAGCUCAAUUGAAACUUUUGUACAUACAGUUAAAUUUAUGAAAUGCCACAACCAAAAUGUAAUGCUUUUGAUACUGUGAGUUCAGGGUCAUUCGGAAACAAAGAAAUUAACUUUCAUUAAAAAAAUUAAAUAUAAAAA